CUUUGAGAGGCAGUGGAGUGCGCACGUCGUCGCGGGUCGCUCCUCCACACGCGUAGUGUCAGUCGCACGCUUGAGGUGAUACACGCCGACGGCUCCCACGGUUAUGGCGACCUGGUCAUCAUUCCUGCUAUGAACCUGCUGUCCUUAGACAGAACAACACACAGAACUGCGUUGGAAGCCUUGACGCUGUCAAGAGUGCCACAGGGAGUGCCAGGAGGGCCAUUAUAGGCCGACCAAUCACUGUCCAUGAACAAAAAUUAAGUGUAGACCCAAACUGGUCAUCGAGGGUGGAGGUGGAUUGGCUGGCGGCGGCCUGGUAGUUCCUAGGCCUACCCAACGAGCCUACCCAACGAGUCUACCCGAAUCAUAGAGUGCCAACCCCCCCCCCCCCACCCCGUGAGGACCAAUCACCGCUUGUAAUCCAUAACAAUGAAUGUAGAAGUCAUUAGACGAGACUGGUAUGGCUAUACACGUGUGAUAGCCAGUGUGGAUAUAUUGAUAUACUGAACCUAAGAUAGCCUGCAGGUGUAGUUAUGCUGGUGUGAUAGCCAGUGUGGAUAUAUUGAUAUACUGAACCUAAGAUAGCCUGCAGGUGUAGUUAUGCUGGUGUGAUAGCCAGUGUGGAUAUACUGAACCUAAGAUAGCCUGCAGGUCUAGAUACGCUGGUGUGAUAGCCAGUGUGGAUAUAUAUUGAACCUAAGAUAGCCUGCAGGUCUAGUUAUGCUGGUGUGAUAGCCAGUGUGGAUAUAUAUUGAACCUAAGAUAGCCUGCAGGUCUAGUUAUGCUGGUGUGAUAGCCAGUGUGGCUAUACUGAAGCCAAGAUAGCCCCGCAGGUGUGACUAUGCAGAUGUGAUAUCCUACUGGUCAGCAUACCCCGGCUAAGAUAAGAGCACACAGCGUGGGCCUCACCGGUGAAGAUGCGACCCACGACCAGCCUCUGUUUAGCAACGCUGUGGCUCGUAUCUCUAGAAGGUGUGAGCAGCGGAGGCCUGCCUCGGGUGUGGUGGCAGCCGGGCUCAGCCGUGGAAAAGGGCGACACUGUCCAGCUGCAGUGCCAGGUGGCGUCAGAGGGGGCCGGGCCAGCCAUCUGGCUGAAGCUGGACCCCCGGGACCCCAACAGUCACGUGCUGCUCUCUCAUGGUGAUCUUAUCAUCACUGAGGACCCCAGGUUCUCUGUUCUUCAUAUCCAGGAGACUAAUAUAUAUGUUGUUAAGAUCCGCGAGGUGUCAGCCGCUGACGCCGGCAGCUACCAGUGUCAGGUCCCCGUCAGUGACGAGGAGGAGGAGCUGCGGGUGGAGGCCGCUCCGCCUGUUGUGAUAACGCUGCAGAGAGAGGAAGGGAGCGGUUCUCCAGCAGGGAUCUCUUCCAACACUUGUCUGCUGGCUGCCCUCUGCUUCCUGGCCACCCUUGUCAGAUGAGCCACCCUUGUCAGCAGACACCCCUUAUCAGCAGACACCCUUCUCAGAUGAGCCACCCUUGUCAGCAGACACCCUUGUCAGCAGACACCCUUGUCAGAUGAGCCACCCUUGUCAGCAGACACCCUUGUCAGCAGACACCCUUGUCAGAAGGGUCACCCUUGUCAGAUGAGCCACAAUUGUCUGAAGGGCCACCCUUGUCAGAAGGGUCACCCUUGUCAGAUGAGCCACAAUUGUCUGAAGGGCCACCCUUGUCAGAAGGGUCACCCUUGUCAGAUGAGCCACAAUUGUCUGAAGGGCCACCCUUGUCAGAUGAGCCACCCUUGUCAGAAGGGUCACCCUUGUCAGAUGAACCACCCUUGUCAGAAGAGUCACCCUUUUCAGAUGAGCCACCCUUGGCAGAAGGGUCACCCUUGUCAGAUGAGCCACCCUUGUCUGAAGGGCCACCCUUGUCAGCAGACACCCUUGUCUGAAGGGCCACCCUUGUCAGCAGACACUCUUGUCAGAUGAGCCACCCUUGUCAGCAGACACCCUUGUCUGAAGGGCCACCCUUGUCAGCAGACACCCUUGUCAGAAGGGUCACGAAGGACACCACACACGUGAAGAUAAUUAAAUAUAUUGGCCGAAUGAUAAUACCUUUAAUGUGAUUAAUAACAAAUGUUGGAAUGAUAUUAUUGAUGAAAUAACACCACAGUGGACAUAAUGGGGCAAGAAGAACGUCAGUUCGACGUUGGCUCAACGUCGGCCGUUGAAAUGGCGUCGCUCUUACACAUUAGGGAAGUACAAAUAGCCUAAGCUACUCUAUUCCUUUGAGAUGUAUUUCUUUCUUGUCUCAAUAAACAUCCUUGAACUUGAACUUAGACAUUAUUCCCACUGACAUAGUCUUGUAACUCUUAUAUAAUUGGCCAUUUUAUAAUUAGAGUUACUGUAAUUGGUUGUAGCCGCAGUCGUCUUUGACUAUGUAUUUAAAAGCAUGUAUGAAGGUGUAUGUUAACAUCUAUAGGGAUGAGUAUAUCCAGAUACUAAAAAAAAGGGGGAGUUUUAGUAUGCUUUUUUUAACAGAUAAGCUUCUUAUAGCAUUGUAGGUGGUGACUGAAGUCCUAUAAUAUGGGUGAUAUAUUAUUAACCAGUUAUACCCAGUGGGCACAAUAUCCAAAAGUGGCGUUGGUGUGACGUUCAAGCAACGUCAUCAAUUCCCGAAUCAACGUUGACUGCUUUUAAGUUGGAGAUUAUGCCCUCUUGUGUAGAGUUUGGUGUGAGGUUGUGAAGGCCUGGUGGCUAGGCAAGGACUCCUGGCACGUCGUUUACUGUGGUGAAGUUACUUUCUAGACUUUCUUUCUAGAUGGGCAAGUGUUAGCAAGCAUUACUUGGUGUUCCGCAGGCCUGAACACGACAUAAACAUGACCUGAACACGACAUAAACAUGACCUGAACACGACAUAAACAUGACCUGAACACGACAUAAACAUGACCUGAACACGACAUAAACAUGACCUGAACGCGACAUAAACAUGACCUGAACACGACAUAAACAUGACCUGAACAAGACAUAAACAUGACCUGAACACGACAUAAACAUGACCUGAACACGACAUAAACAUGACCUGAACACGACAUAAACAUGACCUGAACACGACAUAAACAUGACCUGAACACGACAUAAACAUGACCUGAACACGACAUAAACAUGACCUGAACACGGCAUAAACAUGACCUGAACACGGCAUAAACAUGACCUGAACAAGACAUAAACAUGACCUGAACACGACAUAAACAUGACCUGAACACGACAUAAACAUGACCUGAACACGACAUAAACAUGACCUGAACACGACAUAAACAUGACCUGAACACGACAUAAACAUGACCUGAACACGACAUAAACAUGACCUGAACACGACAUAAACAUGACCUGAACACGACAUAAACAUGACCUGAACACGACAUAAACAUGACCUGAACACGACAUAAACAUGACCUGAACACGACAUAAACAUGACCUGAACACGACAUAAACAUGACCUGAACACGACAUAAACAUGACCUGAACACGACAUAAACAUGACCUGAACACGACAUAAACAUGACCUGAACGCGACAUAAACAUGACCUGAACGCGACAUAAACAUGACCUGAACAUGAUCUAAACACGGCCAGAACAUGGCCUGAGCACGAUAGAACAUGACAAACACAACCAGAACACGACGUGAACAUGAUCUAGACACGACCAGAACACGACGUGAACAUGAUCUAGACACGACCUGACCACAACGUGAACAUGACAAACACGACCAGAACACGACGUGAACAUGAUCUAGACACGACCUGACCACAACGGGAACAUGACAAACACGACCAGAACACGACG